CGGUUUGGCAUAGUAGCUUCGAAACACUGCAGAGGUACACAUCAAAAAACGGAAAGGUAGAAACUGAGUAUAAAUUUAAAGAAGCGAGUCAAAUAGAUACUUAUUUGUAGAAAGUGUGAAGAACGUGAGUUUCAUUCAAAGCAAAGCAAGCAGUAAAAUUAACAACAACAAAAUUGUUUCAAGAAGAAUUCUAUCUAUGCGAAUAAGUUACGUUCUAGUACUUAUUUUUUUUUAUAAAAAGAAUAAACGCAGAAGGAACUCUGUAAUUUUAAAAAAUUUAAAAUUUUAUGAAAACAAAAAAUUGCCAUCUCAAGCAAACAAAUCUUAUUGAAAAAAAGCUGAAACGGACCAACGCCAUUUAAGUGAUAAUUUAACUAUAUAGCAGAAUCAAGUGCUGUGAUUUCAAACUACAAAAACGGUUAAUUCAACAAAAAAAUAAAAAUUAACUAAAACGGCAUUGGAAAGCAACCAUAAACGCUAAGUUUCCGAUGCAGCAACAGCAGCAAGCAAUUCAACAACUUAAUACAAAACGGAAAUUCAGCAAAUUGUGAUAUAGCAACAAAGGCAGAUCGAAGUUAAAGCAGAGCAAGAACUUUUUCAAAAAUCAUUAAGAAUAUUUUUGAAAAAAAUCCAAGAACUGAACCUAAGCGUUCUAAGUGAUAUAUAUACAUAUAACCAGUGUGAUUUCGACUGAAACUUACCUCCAGUCGAAAUAAUCGGGAGAAGUGUGAAGCCAACAAGCAGCGCUACCACCGAAAGCAAUUUUGUAUAAAACAAAAAAAUAAAUAAAUAAUAAUUCUGCAAAUACAUUUUUAUUUACAAAUAAUUUAAAUGAAAAUGGAAGUACUUGCGGUGCAACAACAAUAUCAAUCUAAGUAUAAUAUAUACGGGUCCAGUAAAGUAAGAGAUUGGACCAGCACAUUAUCGCCGCUCUUACCGCUCUCGUCAUGCGCCUGCAUCGACGCAGAGCCCGAGGUGGCUGUCAAUCCACAGCCCACGGCCAGCAUACCCAUACCAUAUCUGCAGAAUCAACAGAAUUAUCAUAUUAGCAACAACAACAAUAACAAUUAUAACAACAACAACAACAAUACCACAGUUAACAAUAAAAAUUUGAAAAACAGUAUUAUGCAUCAUAAUAAUAAGAAAACCAAACGCACAGCAAGCACUGAAGAGCUGCUGGCGGUGCCUGAGGUGAUGAUUGCCCCACCGUCGUCGAAGGAAGUGAAGAAGACGCCUGCGGGCCGUGUGGCCUCGGCACCUACCCCCUUCACCAUCAGCCCAUCUACGACUCCAGCCACCUUCAACGGCACCACCACAACCACUGAAACUCCAAUCGUGGGCGGUAGCUACCUCACCAUCCAGCACACACCCUCCCAGCAUCCCUCAGCAAAUCUCUUCAACUGUGAUGAUAUCGAUGCAGCAGCCGUUGAUGAUCUCUCACUGCGCCUGUUGGAUGAGUUGCGUGCGGCCAAGCAGCGCCAUCUCACCUGCACCGAAGUCUCCCUACCCUGUGAUCUCACGCAGCGCAUUGCCGCCGAAAUAAUACGAGUUUCGGAAAAGGAACCCUGCGGCAUACGCGGCUGCACCAUCUACAUCGAAUUCGAAGAUGAACCGAAUAAUUCACGACGCAUCGCCGAACUCAAAUUGGAUCCCGAAAUGGUAUCCACUUUCGAGAUCUAUCUCACACUGCGUCAAGAUCAUCGCGGCUGGACCUCAUUGCUGCCACAAUUCAUGAAGAGUCUUGCACGCACAAUCACCAUCAGCCCAACAUUCACAAUCACCAAACACAAACUCUACUCACCGGAUCGCACCAGUUACAGUUAUAAUGGCAGUGCGUCCGCAGCGAUCUCAACGCAAACAUCGUGAAUUGCAAACGUUGACAAGGGAGACGAUGACGUCGGCCGCUGCGUUAAGCAUUCGUUGCGACAGCUCAGUUCAAUGAGUUGGUGGCAUGAGCGGCGGCAACGGCGAUGGCGGCGUCAACGAGACGAGCGAAAUAGUGAGAUGUCUGAAUUGCGUGAAUGUGGAGGCUGAGGCUGAAGCUGUUGACGGUUGAUGGAAGCUGAAGGCGUCUGCGUUGUCAGUGCAGUUAACGACGAUCGUUCAGCAUUCGUCGUGUGGAGCACGACGAUCUUUAAGGAAGUGGUUUUUGAGGGAGAGGAGUUUACGAGCCGACCAUAACGAACGAUUUGCUUUAAAUAUAUGAUAUGAUAACUGCUGCUCGACGAUAAGACGACCUCGAAAAGAUGAAGAUGAAGAUCGAACGUUCGAAAUCGUGUAAGAUGUUGAAGACGUGUUAUUAAGUUAAGCAUGUUUUUUUAACUAUCUAUUAUUGCGUAAUGCAAGAAGAGAAGUGUAUUCGAAGCAACCCCACCUACAUACAUACAAACAUACAGACAGACACACAUACAGACACAAACACAGUAAAAAUAAUUUACUUACAGUAUAAGCGAGGUCUAGUAGGGCCUGCUGCCACGACAUUUUCCACUUUCACUUUUCACUUUUACUUUUUCGUUUCAUAAAACACACCACACAUACAAACGCAAAUAUACAUACAUACUACAUGCUACAUAGGUAUGUAGGUUUAUCUCAUUUAAUGACGUAUGAAACAAAGUAUCUUUCAAUUUGAAACAAAAAUGAACUCGUUAGUUUUUAGUAAAGCGAAUACGCGCCCACGAAUGAUCUGCAUACAUAUUUAAAAGAAAAAAAUAAAAAAAUAAAUUUUAAUAAUAAUGUGUACUAAAAGUUUUAAAAAUUUUAUUUUUACGUUUAUUUUUUAAUUUUUUGUAACAAAUUUCUGUGAAUGCAGUGAAUGAACGUUUAGUAGUAGCGUUUAAGUCAAUUGUCUUGAUGAUUGAUUGAUUGAUAGAUUUUUGAAAUUCAAAAGCAAGCAAAAUUGCAGUUAAUGCGAGCGGAAGUAGCAGUUGAAGAAGAAGAGGAGGCGAAAUUAAAGAAAAUACAUGAAAUUUUAAGAUUUCAACGGCUGCCGCGGCGAACAGCGGGCACACCAACACCAUCGCCACCCCCAAAAGCGGCCCACACAAGCUUAUAUUUGCCAAUACGCUGCAUAUGUGUGCUUGUGUGUGUGGUAGAGCGACGGAGGAAAGGGGUUGUGUGGCAGUGAAGCUAAGAGUGGUGUGCCCGCCCCCAACGCACGGCAGCUAAAAUCUCAAACUCAUGAAAAUGUGAUAACACUUUAAGAUGCUAAGAUUUUUUUUUUAAAUUAAGAUUACGAUGAAGUAUAAUAGGUGGAGAAGAGUAGCAGUUAAAAAAGCAAGAAGACGAAAAAAAUAUAAAAAUUAAUAAUUGAUGUAGUUUGUGUGAAAACUUUUUUUCAAAUGAAAUCGAGCAAGAGAAAAAAAAAACAAAAAUUACUUUAAAAAGCUGAACAAAAAUUUGGCGUUAAAAAACUUUGUGUGAAAAAUUUUGCAAAAAAUUUGUAAAACUGUAAAAAAUUUUGUGGGAGAAGCAACAUAUGCGAUAUUGAGUAAAAUUCAAAUAAAAAAAACUAAAAACAAAAAAUAUUUGAAAUCUUAAAUUGUGUUUCAAAUGUAACAAAAACUAGUAUUAACAAAUUCCCAAAAAAAUUAAAUCCAAAAAAAAACAAAUUGAAAAACUUUAGUAACUACAUAAAAACUUAAGAUUUUUUCAAGUAAAUUAAAUUCCAAAAAAAAACCAACAACAAUAAUUUAGUAAUAAUUUCAAAUCAAAAACAAUCAAGCUCACACACACCUACAGAAGCGUACAUACCUAAAAGGAAAACAGCUAAAAUAUGAAAUAGCCUAUUUCCAAAAACCAAAAAUUUAACAAAAAUACUGUGCAUAGCAGUAAACAAUAAAUAGCACCAGCAAAAACAAAUGCAACUUUCUAUAAACAAUAAACAAAACAACAUUUAUAUUAGUAUGGCACAAAACUAAAACUGCAAGUGAACAUUUAACAUUUUAGCCCGCAAAAAUAAUGGCAAUAAAUUCAUGUUAGCAACAACAAAACCAAACAAGCUUGAAAAUCAAAAUGACAGCAAAA